AUGUCGUACUCAUCUCAACGCUACGACCUUGACGCUGCCGCUGCCAGGAAGCGAAGCCAGUCAUUCUCACGAGACCGUGACCACAGGUACCACAGCCAAUCUUACAACAACCGCCCUCAUGAUGCCUACUACCGUGCGCCGGAAGUAUCACGCACACCCUCCUCUGCGAAGAGUGAAAGCUGUUUUUCCAUGAAGAAAGAACGACGCUCUCGGUCUCAGAGGCAGACCCGUCCGAAAGAGCAGGAACGUUCUUACGCAGAUUAUACAAGAAGAGGAGAUCGCUCAUCAGGUAAUAGACGAAUCCCUUCAGACAGAGGGUCGGGCAGAGAGGAUGGUCGGUAUGAGAGAACAAAUGAGCGCUCUCGAUCAAGACCAGAGGUUCCUUCUAAGAGAGAAAGUCAUUAUGAGCAAGAGAGAGAGCGUCAUCAUCCCGAAGAGGACCGCUCUAGGAGAAGAACCAGUUUGAGAAAAGACGAUCGAGCUGGUCCAGAGGGUAAAGUUCAAUCGAGAAGGGGGAAUGCUUCUCGUCCGGAAUCUUCACAUCACAACGGUGAGGCCUCCCAAUCAACUACUGAAGACAUCAACACCUUUCUCAACAGUGGCCGGGCGUCACGACCAUCUUGGGGAUAUUCUACAUACGGUACCUAUGUCUGGCCUUUCGAGUCGAAUGGGCAGCAUCGAAUCAUGGAUCCCACGAAGUGUACUUGUAAAUGUUGCCCCCAUCCCAUAGGCAUAGCCCACAGUCACAAUCAUUCUCGGAACCAUUACCGGAACCAGGACCUUGGGAUGCCUUCCAAGCGGGCCGCCGCGCGCAGCAAACGUACCCCAGAGGGCAGGUACCUCAUUCAGGUAAUUGACAAGUCCAGAAGCACAUUGAACCGAGAGAACGGUCCAACGUAUCCGAUUUCGCUCAAUCCCGGUGCAUCAUGUGAUCGCAUUGCCUCGUUCUUGGCACCGGAAAAGAGAUAUGCCAAGGUCAUCGUGCAUUGGGAUGAUGGGAUAGUCCAGACACUUGAUAACCAUAUCGCUAUGGAGGAUUUGAUUCGACAUGCCGAGUUUCUAGAGGUCAAAGAGACCAAGAGCGUGCAUUGGGCGGCGUAA